GAUUUUCGCGAUUAAUUGCACCGAAUAAUUUAUUCCCCACCAAAAAUGUCUCUGGAAACGUCAAGCACAGGGCGCUGCCAGGAGGUUCAAGACGAGCAAACGAAAUGUGCCAACGAAUUGAUUGAUGAGUAAAGAAUUCUGGUAGGGUAGCACGACGUUCUCACCGACUACUUGCAGCAACUGGAAACGAAGGUUCUGUAACUUCAAAUCAGCGCCCUGAGAAGGGAUGCUAGACAAUGGAUGCGUCUCAGAAAGACAAGGAAGGCAAGGGAUGCGUCUCAGAAGAAUAUGGAUGUCUUGGAAGAGAUGAAAACUAUUGAAAGACAGAACAAGCAUUGCAAUGAAAAUUCACUAUAGCUCCAAACCCAAGUUAACAUGUAUUGCCAAACUGAGGAUCAUUUGAGGCAACGUUUAGGAGAGUAAAAAGAGAAAAUUGAGUCGCUUCGUUAGUCUAUUUGCAGGUGUGAGGAAAGAAAUGCAAAGUAAAUCGACGAAAAGUAGCGGUAGUUUGAAGAAAUUGAACUACAAAAACAAUUGAAACAAAUCUGCAAGCUUGAGGAAAAUGUGGAAAAGCUUUAAAAUGAGUGCCGCAAUAUGAAAGAGGAGAACAAAAAAUUGAUGGAACGUAUAGCUACAUGCAAUAAAGAGCUGACUUCCACACAGCGAACACUUUCAGAGCUCAAGGACGAUCUCGACUAGAUGAAAAGCGACCAAGCUAGUUUGAACCAUGCAUUGUUGAAUUAAUCAUGGUGCCAUGAAUGCGAGUUGAAUCUUCCUUUGCAAGUACAGAAAAAUUUGAAGCUUGCGGAGGAAGAAAGGCAGCAAGCCUUCGACGCGAUGUUCAUGGCGGGAAGUGAAGUGCAGGAAGUUGACUUUCAGAUACUCGAGAAGACGACGUGCAAGCUGGACCUUACACGCCGAAACAACGAAGCGCAAGUGACUGCUGAAAAACUGACGAAGAAAUUGGAACUAAAGCAACAUAAAAUCGAUUGCUUUAACGGUGAGAUGAAUGAUUUGAAGUAAAAACAGGGCUGGCUCGAAAACAAAUUUAGGAAAAUUAAAGAUCUCCUGAAAGGCUGCUGAACCAGUGGACACGACAGCGAUUUCUUGGUUCCAACAAUAACAGUGUUCAAUCAGUCAGUGGUCUAUUGAACGAAAGAGCUUUCAGUAGUAAAUUCAAGUGCAAGUGGUGUUGAUUAUUAAAAUACUUUAUUUGGUCAUUUUGUGUUGGGAUCAAGUCAUUGCAAAACAUCUGCUCUUCCCUCCGGAAGGAACUGGAAUAAUGGCAACUACUGAGGGUGAUGUGCCAGAUGGUAAUGAUUUACCUGUAAAUUUAGCUGGAGGUGAUGGUGGUGAAAAAAAGUCCUGUGAUGAGAGUAAGCCGUCAUGCCCAGCCCGUUUAGACGUCAAGAUGUUUGGCAAUAAUACCACCGUAGAUGAUAAAGCAGCUGUGAAGUUUGAAGAUGGGUCUCAGGAAGACAAGGACUCGACGCACAACGCUGGUCAAGACGUUGAAUUAACGCGUGAUAUCCCCUCUUUACAUGACGAGGCAGGUGGCUGCGGAGAGGAAAAGACCUGUGCAACGCAACCUGCCGGCCAAGACGUCGAGGUUAUUCGGGAUGAUUCCUCUGCAAUUGACGGAGCUUACGUCGGUAAAGAAAAGUCUCGUGAAGACAGCCAUAAGUCGUGUAAUGCUGACCAAGCUGUCAAGAAGAAAGACGCUAGCAUGAAGACGAGCAACGCAAAGAAGAAGGAUACCAAAAAGAGCAAAGAUGGUUGGGUGUGUCCUGACACUGGGUGCCGCAAACGCAACUCUUCCGAGGACGCCACCUGCACCAAGUGUGGUCUAAUCCAGAGCUUCAGAGCUGAGGCCCGAUAUUCUCGGAAGGCGCGCGUGUCGGGGCUGGUGGUGACCCACGUGUGCUCACCAGUUAGUCUGUACGUCCAGACGCCCCAGCAGCAGCGCGACUACGCACGCGUCCGCAGCCGUAUGGCUGAGAUGUACGCCAACGCUGCCUACCGACCAUCCAGAAUCGUCCCUAACAUGGUGCUGGGCAUGAAGUGCGACGGAGGCUACGAGCGCGUGCGUACUGUACGAACGGUGCCGGGCGUGAAGGCGACUCUUGAUCACGGCACUGCAACGGUCAACCUGACAGCAGAAGGUAUAGAUAAGGAAGCCCCAAAAGCCGCCCCGUCGUCGCCAGGUGGAGGCACUUCCCUGAAGUGGCGCGUGCAGCUCAUGGAUCGUGGCAGCUGGUGUGAGGCGCUGGAGGACGACUUCAACUUCCUCCUGUCAGGUCUCUCCGACCUCAAGCCCCUGGCCGCGAUGUUCUCUCUCAAUGAGCUCAGGGUGGCCCGAGGUGCUACGGAGGCUCAGAUUGAAGAGAGCCGCGCGUGGCUGGAGCAAGAGCUGUCGUCGGGCGUCAUCGAAGGCGACGUUUACAAGCAGACGCGCAACCAGUGGUCUCCUCCCUCUCUAGAUCUGUUCAAAGACGGCACGCUCAUCAACAAAGCUCUCCUUCGCUUCGCUGCCGUCGAGUCCACAGCCAAGUCGAAAAUACUUAAGGCGGAUGUUGUUGGGGCUCACGCACCGUCUGCGGCUGAUGAAGGUACCUCUCUGCAGCCGUCUGCGGCUGAUGAAGGUACCUCUCUGCCGCCGUCUGAGUCCGAGCCGUCGUCUGAGGUCCCGAUGUUGAAUAUGGCGCUUCGGCAGUGCUCAUAUUGUCAUCAAGAGGGCCAUUAUGAGCCUUCUUGCCGAAAAUUCAUUGCGGAUUGCAAUGAAGAUCCAACGAUAUUGUUUGCGACCGACGAAUGAGCACCUCGCUGCCACCGUCUGUGGCUGACGUUAGCUCCAUGCUGUCAGCCUGCCACCAGUGAGCGUCUCCCGCUAGGACAGAAGCCAAGUUCUUAGCGCAGAAGUCCUCACGGAAACAAGAUCAUUUUUAUUUGCGUUAAAAGUUUCAAAUAUUUGUGCGUUAUACCUCACGGAUGGUAAUAUUAUUUGUCUUGGUUACUAUCUUUUGUUGGUUUAUGGAUUAUUUCAGACGUCAUGGUUGUAAUCUCAGAUAAUUUACUGAGAUGUAUUUUUUUCGCUGCUAAGGCUUUUUUGCAGUAAAAGGGAAUAAAUUUUCAGUAUCUUUGUUUCAGUGUACUUAACAAAUCCGGUCUAGCUCAGUGAUCGUGCCUUGUAUGCAGGUAGAUUUUGCCUAGUAUAUGCAUGUCAUACCGGUAAUUAUGUAGAUUCAUUUGUGACCACUGAGCCUAUUAUUUAUCUUGUACUUUACCGUGUUUAUGGAUGUUCUUCAUCGCACAUUAAACUGCAAAUUUGCA